UCCUACUUGGAUGCCACUUCUGCUUAGACGGUAAAGGAGAGGAAAGGCUUCUCCCUCAUGGUCGGACUUACUGGCCCCGCUUGGUGCACAAGGCAGAGGAGGCCACCACCCUCCUUCAGCUGCUCCUCUGCCACCAAGCGCCCAGGAAAAGAGUUCCAGCCUGGGCCGGGCUGGAGAGGCACUUCCCUAGGGUGGUUCCAGGCGGCAGCCCGUCUCAGGUUGUUCCUCGUUGCUUGCGUGGGUUGUCGGGCGGCUUCCUCCUAGUUGCUCCUCGGCGGCAGCGCCCUACAGAAGGUUGCCUCCCUCCUUAAAGCCACUUUAGGGCAAUGGGGAGAGAGGCGGGAUCGCCAGGCGCCUGGGGAGGAAGAGGCACUCCACUGGAGGCGGGCGCAGAGGCGGCGGCGGCGGCGGCGGCUUGCACAGGGGAAAGCAGCGAAGGGGGGCACGGCCGCCCGGAGCAGGUGGCCCCAGCGGACGAGCCGGAUCAGGAUUCCCCGUCCUACCAGGACAGACGACCAGAGACCACCGACCUCAGGCAGUAUGAUUCCAGUGGCUGAAUUCAAGCAUUUCACAGACCAGCAGCCUGCUUUCAAAGUACUCAAGCCUUGGUGGGAUGUGCUAGCUGAGUACCUCACCAUAGUCAUGCUGAUGAUAGGCGUUUUCGGUUGCACUCUGCAAGUGAUACAUGACAAGAUUAUUUGCCUUCCCAAUCAUGUUCCCAGCGGUACAGCUCUUACUGAUUUAACUUGUGAAGAUUUCACCAAGAAGACAGUCAAUAACUCUGAACCAAUCAAGUCUUCUGUCCACCAGAAAAUGAGUGGAUUACAGAACAACCUAGACCUCCAACAGUACAGCUAUAUCAAUCAGAUGUGUUAUGAGACAGCCCUUCACUGGUAUGCUAAGUACUUUCCUUAUCUUGUUAUUAUCCAUACACUCAUGUUCAUGGUGUGUGCCUCUUUCUGGUUCAAAUUUCCUGGUACCAGUUCCAAGAUUGAACAUUUCAUCUCCAUUAUGAGCAAAUGCUUUGAUUCACCUUGGACUACUCGAACCAUCUCAGAAGUUUCUGAAGAGGAGAAUACAAGCUCAGAAAAGGUGAAUCAGAACAAGAAAAGUAAUGUUCCCAGUGAACUGAUUGAACUUUCUCCUACAGGAGGCUCUGUUACAAGAAAGAAAGUUGCAGAGUCCCCUUCCAGUAGCAUGUUGGGCAAAAAGGAAGGCGAGGAAGCCAAGGCUUUGUUUGAAAAGGUGAAAAAGUUCCGACUCCAUGUUGAAAAAGGAGACAUCCUUUACACAAUGUACAUCCGCCAAACUGUUCUCAAAGUUUGCAAAUUUCUAGUUAUUAUUGUCUACAAUGCAGUCCUGGUUCACAAUAUUAAGUUCAUAGUGCCCUGUAGUGUCAAAAUGGAGGAUAUGACAGGCUAUGACCAUUUCUGUUGCAAUCAUACCAAAGCCUAUCUCUUUGCUAAGCUGGCCAUAUGCUUCCUCGCUUUUCUUGGUGUAUAUGGUAUGACCUGCCUCUAUACUCUUUAUUGGCUCUUUCACCGGCCACUUAAAGAGUACUCAUUUCGCUUUGCUCGUGAGGAUACUGGCAUCAAAGAUAUCCCUGAUGUUAAAAAUGAUUUUGCUUUCAUGCUCCAUCUCAUAGACCAGUAUGAUUCCCUUUACUCCAAGCGCUUUGCUAUAUUCCUCUCUGAGGACAGUGAGUUCAAACUUAAACAGCUCAACCUCAAUCAUGAGUGGACACAUGAUAAAUUGCAGCAGAAACUGCAGACAAACCCUAGUGGGCGCCUAGAACUCCAUCUCUUCAUGUUGCCUGGGUUGCCUGACACUACUUUUGAGCUGAUUGAGUUGGAAGCGCUAAAACUGGAAUUGCUCCAAGAUGUUACUUUCCCAGCCUCAGUAACUCAACUGAUCAAUCUCCAAGAGCUAAUGCUGAUCAAUUGUCCUGCUAAGCUGUCCUUUACCUCCCUUAAGUUCUUCCGUGAACAGCUGAAGGUGAUGAUGGUAAAUUUUGAUGACAUAAAAGAUAUACCUGUGUGGAUUUACAACUUGAGAGGUUUGGAAGAGUUGUACAUCUCAGGAUUUUUCAACCACGAGAUGGGCCGGACAGGAACUCUAGAAACCUUACGUGAGCUAAAGAACCUAAAGAUUUUGACACUGCAUAGCAACAUCUCAAAACUGCCACCUAGUGUGGCUGAUCUGGCCACUCACCUGCAAAAACUUAGGAUACAUAAUGAUGGGACUAAGUUGGUAGCCCUUAAUAAUCUCAAGAAGCUCUUCUCGUUGCAGGAGCUAAAAUUGAUAAAUUGUAAUCUGGAACGGAUCCCCCACGCUAUCUUUAGCCUUGUGAACUUGCAAGAGUUGGAUUUGAAGAAUAAUAAGUUGGUUUCCAUUGAGGAAGUCAUUAGUUUCCAGCAUUGCCGAAAGUUGAUAUGUCUCAAACUUUGGCACAAUCAGAUUUUCACCAUCCCUGAACAUAUCCGCAAACUCAAGACCUUGGAGCAACUUGACCUCAGCCAUAAUUACAUUGAAGCUCUCCCUUCCCAACUCUUCAUGUGCACUAGGCUACAUUAUUUGGAUCUUUCCUACAAUAAAAUUCAGACCAUCCCUUCUGGUUUGGGAGUUUUACAAAGCCUUCAAUAUUUUGCUGUUUCACACAAUUGCUUGGAGACAUUGCCCAAUGAAAUUUACUUCUGCAAGAAACUCAAAGUUCUCAAAGCAGAACACAACAAACUGCGGCGCAUCUCAGAUCGCAUAAGCUGGCUUCCUUUGCUGUCCAGGAUGGAGCUGAAAGGGAACCAGCUUGAAGCCUUACCCUUGGAGAUUGGUCAGUGCAAAUUCCUCAAGCGUAGUGGUCUGAUGGUGGAGAGCAAUCUUUAUGAGACAUUGCCUUUAGAAGUAAGGGUAAAAAUGGAGGAUGAAUGACUGAUGUGAACAGUAGGCAAGGACUGUAAUUUCUCAAGUGUGACUGUGUAGGCAUAGAACCAGAACACAUAAGAGUCUGGCUCCAUUCAUUCCAGAUGCUCUCCCAGGAACUCCCAACCUUUUUUCUAUGUCACCAUGGAAUGGAUGUGAUAAGUCUAAGUCUAGCAAAUCUGUAUCUUGGGAUGAAAUCAGGAGGGAGCUGACAGCUUUAAUCCUAGGAAGAAGUGUGGAAAUGGGAAACCUCAGCAAAAAGAAGUUGAAAGUAUCAUUUCAGUUUUGUUCUAUUUUUCUGAAAAACACCAGUUUUCAGAACAGUUAAAUAGGAUAAUUUAUAAGAAAAAAGGCUGUACCAGACCAAAGGAUCAUUGUAUUUAAAUUUUAUGUGUUUAUGUGUGUAGAUAUUUUUGAAUUGCUCUGAAGCUUUGCUAGAUACUGUUGUUCAAGUGGAUUCAUUUGUUCACUCCUAGCUUCUUGUUUGGAGAGAUUGCCUAAUUUUUUCAAAAGUGAUUCUGGGUGGUGUUUUGCCUAUUUAUUGCAAUAGAUGAGAAUUAGUCAGGGACUAGGUAUUUUACAUAAUUAUCAAAAAAACCUAGCUCUUUUUAUUCUGUUCUUCGUUAGAAGAAGAAUCGUGUUCUAAAAUGUGGAAGAGCCAAACCACAAAGCAUUUGCUUUGAUCAAUAAGGACUCAUCAUAUGAUGUAACAUCUAAUUUUUCUAUGUCAAAUUGGCCUAAAUUCUAUCCAACAUUCUGCCAACGUGAACAUCUUCGCAGUGCAGGAGGAUAACCAUAUACAGAGUGAAGUACCUUCCAUACAUAGCAGGUGCUGGGAAAUAUUGGGGCGAUCCCCUAAUUUUUUCUCAGUCUAUCAGAUGACAAAGCUAUAGGAGACAUACAAUGUAACUCUUACAUCUCAUUAAUGAGACUGUCUGCCCUUAGAUGAUGAAUACCCAUUCCAGGAGUCUUAAAGGAAGACUCAACUUUCAGUCCUAUUAACUUAUGCCUACAGAGGGUAAAUCAUAAUUGUCAUGCAUUCUUAAAGGCUUUUGACAAAGACCUUCAAACAAAGACUUGAACAAGCUGUUGCAGUCUUGAUAUUAAAAAAAACCAAGAGGUUCUUUUAGUAAUUAGUAAGUAAUAAUCAGCAAGGGAACAUGAAGUAGUAAUGCAAGGUUUUCAGGAAUCUGCCAUUGGAAGGUCUUUCUGUUGAUUUAUUUGAAGAAGGCAUUAGAUCUCUGCCUUAAGCUCCUGCCCUGAUGGUACCUCUGACAUGCUGUCUAGGCAGGGCCUUGCUUCUAAUCAGAGGAAAGGGCACUCCAUUUGAGGUAGCAUCAAGCAAAUGCUUUGGUGGGAAUAUUAGAUUAUGGCUGGGGAGACUUCAAAAGACUCCUACGUGAGGAACAACCCAGUUGUUCUAGAUCAGUGGUUCUCAACCUUUUUAAUGCCGCGACCCCCAACCGGUCGUAAGUUGAGGACUAAACCGGUCGUAAGUCAAGGACUAAACCGGUCGUAAGUCAAGGACUA